AUGGGGAGGCAUCUAGGGGUUUCUGUGAACGCAAGGGACAACGAAAGGGAGCUUAAUAACGGAGUUAGCGAAGCUUCUAGCCUUGACUUCGAUCAGGCUGAGAAGGAAGCUCGAGCCCAGAGUACCAUGCCUGAGCGGUUUAGGUACUUGACUAAAGAAGCUCCUGACCCCCCUAUUCGGUGGCCGUGGUUUGUAGCACUGGCUUUCCUUAUUUAUGCUUGGAGAGCUGUUUUAUUUGAACUAUCAAAUUGGAGGAACGCUGCUCUUGGUAUUUUUCGUUUCAUGGGAUAUGUCUUCAAAUAUAUUUUGGCCGUAAUCUUCCAUUUCAUUGGGGAUCCUAUCACUUUCUCAAUUAGAUUUGUUGAGGAUGUAUUCUAUACCAUUCGAGCUUUCUACUCUGGGAUAGUUGCGUAUGCUCCUGUACCAGAUCUCACCAUCAUCAUUAUGCUGGCAUCAAUUGUUUUAGCUGUUGCAGAAGCUACUGUCCCUAAUAGCAUCAACAGCCAACCGUAUGUGUUGACUGCGUCAGGCCUGAUUGGCUAUGCCGCGGUUAAAGGCUAUAUCUCAGAACCUUUUUUCUGGACACUACUGGUGGGGCUGUAUGGUUUUUCACGACUUGUUAGAAAGAGAGACGAUGUCUCGUCCACAAUGCCUGUUGCAGCUGUACUUGCUGCCAUUGGCGAGCCUUGGAUAAGAGUUCUCGUGUUGAUUUCUUUUACUGCCUUGGCUAUUUCUCACCAUUCAAGAACGCUUUCAGAAGGAAAGGAAAUUGCUGAAGUUGGAACAGCAAAGAGGAGGCUUCCAAUUCCACUGCUCGCUGCAGCUUUAGCAAUUGGUAUCCGUGUUGCUGCCAAAUGGGCCGGGUAUCGGCAUUUGACAUGGAUGAUUGUAUAGAGCCAAGAGGUUCAUGCAGUUUUGAGGCAACAUGAACAAUAUGGUAACUUCUUGUGGUCUUUACAUGGUAAUAGAUGAGAGCCGUCAGGCUGGAAAAUUGUUGAAUGCAUGCUAUGUAGUGUGAAAAGUUUGGUUUUUUGUCUUUGUAAUCUAAUGUAGUAGCUUUUUAGGGAUCCUAGCGGACCAUGAAAGAAUUCAUUUGAGGGGAAUAUGGAAAAACGUUUCUUGUGAUUUUUUUCUUUUUCCUUUUUUUUUUAGGGUUUCAACUCAUCUGUCUAUCAAAUUGUUAUAUACAAUGCAUACGUGCUUUGUUUGCUUCCAAAA